CGCACCGUAAAACAUAUUAAAUCGGGAAAUUACAUAACAUUUAUUACCUCCUCUCCAUCAGUCAGAUUUUUUCUUGUUUUGUGUUAUUAUGGAAUCUUGAACGGGUACUACUAAACAGAGAACUCUAGAGAACUUUAGAGAACUCUGGGGAUUUUCUCAUAUUUAAAGUAUUUAGAACCCAUUUUUGCAUUUUAUAUGAUAAAAAAAGUUGUAUUUUAGUCGAAAUAUAUAUUUAAAAUAUUUGGAUUUAAGUAAAUAUUAAUUAUUUCACGCAAAACAUCAAGUUGGGGGAGGCUAAAUUAUUCAAAGGAUCUCGAUCCCGAGCAGUUUACUCUUUUUUAAAUUCUUUCAACAUUUAAUGUAAUUCUUAUUAUGGAUUUUAUUUAAGGAAUACAUUUUUAAUGAUCAAAUGAAAUUUAAGAGUCAUUCGUUAACAGUUAAAAGCAAGAUACAUUUUUUCUUUACAAUGAUAAUAACGUACGUAAGUUGUUAUAUCUAUAACAACAGAAUAUGAUCAUUGAGAUGUGAUAGCUCAAUAUAUAUUAUGUUGUGUUUUUACGUGCAUUAUUAUACCAAUGGCUUGAGGUAACCUGUAUAUAUAGAAACAAUGUCUAAAUGACAUUAGAUCGGGAUCGGAGUUUGACGAUAACGCCGACUAGAUUUCCUUCUGGAAUUUGUCUUUAAUUAGUUUAAAAUCAACUUUAAUGAGUUUAUGUAUGUAGUAUAACAUGUUACUGAACAGAUACGUGCAUAAUAAAGCAUUUAUUAGCCCUUUUAAAUGAAAAAAUCCCAGAGUUCUCUAGGAUUCUCUAGAGUUCUUUAGCAUGUUUAGAGUUCUCUGUUUAGUAGGACCGACCUUGGGGCAGGUCUAUUCGCCGGAAUGGCGACGGAAUAGACGUAGUGACAUGAAUAAAAAGGUCGAUAACUUGUGUUAGGUAUAAGCUAUCACCAUUCGGUUUUUAGUUUUUUGAUCUGUGGAUAGAGGGCUAUCGAAAUAUGUAAAAACUUUUUUGAUAGGUACAUGUUUAAUACAUAAAACCUUGACCGGAAUGAGCUAUGGUCGCAAAAAUCAGCUGCCGGAAUGACGAAGUCGACUUCAGAAAACACCUAAUAUCUCAAAAAGUUUUUAAUAUUUGUUCAUUCGGAAACAAUUUUUUUAAUCACAACGACCAGGCCUAUAAAAUGUGAAAAAAUUAAAUCGAUAUCUUUAGAUUUAGUAUGCAAAACCUUGACCGGAAUGGAAAUUUUUCGUUAAAAAAGAAUGCUGUAAUCGUGGAGUCAUCUCUAAAUAAUCACCUGUAUCAUAAAAACCAUUGAUUAUAUUUCCAUUCGGUCAAGAUUUUUUUCAUCCUUAGUCAUACACCUUUCAGAUAAUAUAUAGUUUUAUAUAUCAAACUGGAUUUAAAUGCUCAAAACCUUGACCGGAAUGGAAAUUUUACACUCAAAAUUUACAAAUUUUAUUAAUGCGCUCAGGUAUCGCUCAGGUAAAGAAGCCGUACUACAGGAAGGUGUGAACAAUACCUGUAAUAAAAACAUAUAUGUACUACAUGAACUCGUAUACGUAGAUAAUCUUACAUCUGCUUUUUUAAACAUCAUUUUAAAAAGAAACAAUAUAUACGCGAAAUUAAGAUAAGGAAAUUGUUAUUGGUUAUUUAUUUUUUAUUUAAAAGGUUAUUAUAUUAUUUAUAAAAAAUAAAUAUCAACGAUGCUUUUAUCACAGUAAGUAGAAUAGUACCAUAGCUAAAAUUGAAUUAAAAGCUGCUUGUCAAUGUAAGCAGUGAUGAUGAUUUAAUUGUUUAAAUCAAAGUGAAUUAGAAUGUAUAAAAACUAUGUAUAUAAUUAUAUGUAAAAAGUGCUUGUCCGUGUAAGCCGUGAUAAUUAGGAACGGAUGAUGAUUUUAAUUGUUUACAUCAAAGUGAGUAAGAAUGUACAAGAGCUAAAUACAUAGAAGCAGCUUGUCCAUGGAAGCUGUGAUAUAUAAAAUUGAAGGAUAAUUAAUUGCUACAAUUAAGGAUGGAAAUUAAAUCUCCACGUUCAUUGGUUAAAAAGAAAUUAAGAAGCAUAUAUAUACCCUUAUCGAGAUAAAAUCAUCACUUACUAUUAUUAACCUGUCUCGUACAAGUUCUAAUAGUGCUCUCAAAAGCGCCUGAUCUAUUGUGAAAUUGUGAGUUACUGUUCAAGUGAGAAAGUUCGUGAUCCACUGUGAAAUUGUGAGUUUGUGUUCAAGUGAGAAAGUUCGUGAUCCAUUGUGAAAUUGUGAGUUUGUGUUCAAGUGAGUGUGUAAAGUGUCUGUCUUAUUCGUGGGAGAUUCGCAGCUGAAGUAUCUUCACCAUGUUCAGCUGGAGGACAACACCGCCGUCCGUUGUACAUCAGGAUUUCGCGUGGAGCAGAUGUGGGCCCUCUUCUCCGGAAUCGUCCAAGACCACGACAUCAUCGUUAUUCAUGCCGGAACCAACAACGUCCCGAGGGAGGAACCAGCGACAACUCUUCAUCGAUACCAGCACCUUCUCAAGAUCAUCUGGACAUCAAACCCAACAGCGAGGAUCAUAGCAUCGGCCGUCUUGCUCAGGGACUAUAACGUCUUCGAGGGAGCAAGGAACAACGUUGGAUUCAACAACAACGGGAGCCAAAUAUUCAAAAAGAAAACGAGCCGUCGGAUCAACUAAAUUUACGCGCAGUGCAUAUUUUCUGGAGUCGAAUCGCAACUUAGUGUUAGUGCGUUACGCCGGUGAUGAAUCUCUCUACAGUCCACUACCACAUUAUUUCCUAAAGAAUCGUGUCAAUGCCCAGCCACGGGUACUUGUUAUCAUAUUUUGGCAGCGCGAAUCACAAUGGGGGACAAUAUUUCGGAAACAAAGAAAACAAUUAAUCUUAAGCAGUUGUCUAAGAAUAGUUUGAAACGUAACGAUAAAAAAUUCGGUAGGAAAAAACCGCGACCGAAUGAUUGCGACAAGGAAGUUAUACCAGCUCCGGAUUCCGCCGCCGCCGCUUUAGAACAAGAGGAUGUUGGCGACGACAUUCCCGUUAAAAAAAUCAAAUUAGAAUGUAAAGAGGCUUCCGAUAAGGUUAUUCAAGACGAAAAAUGGGUUUCUGGGCUUACAGUUUCGCACAAGAAAAAUAUUUUAGAUCCAAAAGGGUGGUUGUGUUCCGAUAUUGUGAAUUAUUCAUUAGAUAUAAUCAAAAAGCAGUUUGAACAUAUACAUGGGUUACAGUUAACAAAUUUUGCACCACUAUUUGACGAACAAACUAAACCAUGGAAAUGCGAUAAAAAAUUUGAACAUAUUCAACCACCUUCAGUUCAGGUACAUCAUAUGGGUAGAAGUCAUUGGGUAACAUCUUUUCAAAAUAACAAUAACGAAAUUUGUAUUUUAGAUAGUCUUAGCAAGAGCAAGAACCAAACAGUAAACACUCCAUCUCUUGAAAUUCAACUCUCUCUUAUUUAUGGGCGUAAUAAGACUUCUAUUCCUAUCAAAAUUUUAGAUUCUCAACAACAAGAAAAUGGCUAUGAUUGUGGAUUAUUUGCAAUUGCUAACCUUGUAGAAUUUUGUUUUAAUCCCGAUUAUUCAUUUCAAACUAAAACCUCUUUUAAAUCAGAAAGUAUGAGAAACCAUCUUGUAGAAUGUUUAGAAAAUGGUUUAUUUACGCAAUUUCCGCAAAAUUCAUCACAAACUCCUGACAUUACAGUUUUAAAACAUAAGAUUUUAACAAUUAAUUGCUGUUGUUCUUGUGGAUUCCAGAUUGGGUGGAUGAAAUGGUAGGCUGUGAUUUUAAAUUAGGGAAAAAGCUUUGUAAUGUUUGGAAACAUUCAAAAUGUGCAGAUGUAAAUAAUGAUUGUACAGAUUGGCUAUGUAUUGACCAUUGUCGUGAUUAAAUUUGUGUUCUCUUGAAAUUUGUUGUUUUAAUAAACUCUCUGUGUUUUUAUUACUUGUGUUGUUCACACCUUCUUGUAGUACGGCUUCUUUACCUGAGCGAUACCUGAGUGCAUCUAAUAAAUUUUGUAAAUUUUGAGUGUAAAAUUUCCAUUCCGGUCAAGGUUUUGAGCAUUUAAAUCCAGUUUGAUAUAUAAAACUAUAUAUUAUCUGAAAGGUGUAUAACUAAGGAUGAAAAAAAUCUUGACCGAAUGGAAAUAAAAUCAAUGGUUUUUAUGAUACAGGUGAUUAUUUAGAGAUGACUCCACGAUUACAGCAUUCUUUUUUAACGAAAAAUUUCCAUUCCGGUCAAGGUUUUGCAUACUAAAUCUAAAGAUAUCGAUUUAAUUUUUUCACAGUUUAUAAGCCUGGUCGUUGUGAUUAAAAAAAUCGUUUCCGAAUGAACAAAUAUUAAAAACUUUUUGAGAUAUUAGGUGUUUUCUGAAGUCGACUUCGUCAUUCCGACAGCUGAUUUUUGCGACCAUAGCUCAUUCCGGUCAAGGUUUUAUGUAUUAAACAUGUACCUAUCAAAAUUUUUUUUUUACAUAUUUCGAUAGCCCUCUAUCCACAGAUUAAAAAACUGAAAACCGAAUGAUGAUAGCUUAUACCUAACACAAGUUAUCGACCUUU